AUGAAACUUAAGCAUCCGUCCAAUUCCGCUUCCCAAACCCUAACCUCCUCUGAUACGCAUUUGCUUGUCCGUGAGACGCUACGCAUCAGCGCCAACCUUGCAUCGGCACCUCCGCCGGCGGCCGUGCCCGAGCGGCCAUUGAUUCGGGAUUCCAACUUUGGCGGACUUGUCGAGGACCAGUUUGUUGAUUCCAGCUUCAGAUUGAUCUGCUGUGAGGAGAUCGAUGGCCAGCGGUGGAAAUAUUUUGCUGAUAAUAACAGUGUUAAAACUAACGGUUCCAAGAAAUUUAAGAAGAAUUCUAUUCGUGCUGUUAGCCUGCAUGAUCCACAGGCCCCUUUUGAUGGGAUGAUGACAUUUAUAAGGUCUUACGUAGUCCCCGAAGGUUUUCCUGACAGUGUUACACCUGCUUAUGUCCCAUACAUGACUUGGAGAGCAUUGAAGCACUUUUUUGGUGGAGCGAUGGGUGUUUUCACAACACAAACACUCCUAAGUUCAGUAGGAGUAUCAAGAAAUCAGGCUGCACCAGCUAAUGGAAUGACCUUCAAGUUGGCUACCCUUUCCAGCUUAGCUGAGCCUUUUGGUGUAAUUAUUGUAGGUUCAUCCCCUUAA